GAAAAACGUCUUCUAUAUUACUCGCCUAUAAUUGGUACGGAUUUACAAGAAACCCCCUCGUGUCUGAGCUACGUGCCGUCAUUUUCUGCUAUUUGAAAUGUGACGAUUUUAUCGUAACGCUUAUUAGUUUAUCAACAUUACAAUGUUAUUAAACCUUUUUACAACAAACGGCUGUGCCUUUCUCAUGGCGGCCCAAACCUGUUUCAUUUCUCGCGUAUACACACGAUAUUAAUCUGUUAUCUUGUAAUUUGGAUGUUGGCCGUGUGUUGACUUGAAGUCGUGUCCCAUUUAUUGACUGAGGAAUGUGCAGUGACCAAUCACAUCACGGCGACAAAUUGCAUGCAAUUUGUACAAACAAGAUGACACAAAGCGUCACAUUUUUUGACAAUGGGGAAACGUCAACUUGUGGUUACUUAGCAUUUUAAAUAGCAUUUUAUAUAUUGGCAUAAAACAGUUGACAAGUUGUUAGUUAAACGUUGUAUCAGUAUCCAGUUAGUAACCUUCUCAUGGAUUCGAAUCACAAAGAUUCUCAGUACAUAACAAUGGCCGGUCUCUCCGAGCACAAACCACCCAGAGCACCAAAAUGUGCAAGAUGUCGAAACCACGGUGUAGUUUCUUGGCUGAAAGGCCACAAGCGUUACUGUCGUUGGCGGGAUUGUACUUGCGCGCAGUGCACUUUAAUCGCCGAAAGACAGCGAGUUAUGGCGGCCCAGGUUGCUCUGCGAAGACAGCAAACACAGGAGGAGAACCUCAGAGCUCGCUUUCAGCGACGAGAAGAUACAGAAUUGAGUCAGCUAACAGAGUUAGAGGAGAGUUGUCAAGAGAAUGGUUACAGUUGUUCCGUAGAAGAUUUAAACGACGCUCCGAGCGUUUCUACAAACAACGACGACGAUGACGGAAGGUCGAAGGAACCAGAGUUUACCCAAGACGUCCGAACGGACGUGGGAUUUGACAAAAAGCAUUCCAUCACGAGAUGGCUUGACGCAUCGGAGAAUUCCGACGACACCGAAACCUUCCCGAAGUUGCGACGGCUAGACACGACUCCUAAUCAGGAGAGCGAAAGCGUCGCGAGAUGCGGCGGGAAUGGCUCGUCAAUUGAUGUUUUGCAAAGAAUAUUUCCUCAACAUGGUACAGCCAUAUUGGAAAUGAUUUUGAAAGCAUAUGACAAUGAUUUAGUUCGAGCUACCGAGUCGCUAAUGCUUGAAAAUGGUAUGCUUCGUUUUCCGACUCCGCCGGUCAGUCCCGAAGAUUCGUCGAGCCCUUCCAUUUUCCUUACGCCUGAUUCCGAGCAAACUUCAAAAGAUUCUCGAAAUUCAGCGUUCUCCCCAGUGUCAACCAAAAUAGUCCCCUAUUCAUCCAACAUACUACCACCAAACUUACCAUCACCCUCAAUACCACCGUUUACCCCCGCCUCGUUUCCAGCUCGUUCAAUGUUUAGGCCGUAUAUGUUCCCCCGUCGUCAUCACACGGGGCUACCGUUUCAUCCAUAUAUGAGACCGAAUGCCGGGGGGCUGAUGCUUCACUCUCCAAACGGACAUGAAGCGAGAUCAUGUAGUCGCUGUUCAACUUGGAUUUUGCCUUCGGAUCGAUUUUGCAGUUAUUGUGGGAAAUCUGCCUAAAUUUGAGUUAUCGUGUUGUAUAUUUGAAAUUAGGUUGUUUUGCGAAAGCAACUGUCUGUUAAAGAGCCGUUUUCUAAAGAAAUUUCAGCAUUUGCUUAGCAAGCGAAACUUGCAUGUUACGAAAACGGAAAUAACACUAAAUUUAUAGCUAUAAAAGCCUAUAUCCUAAAACAAAAUAUAACUUCUGUCUAAACUUUAGAAAGUUCAA